AUGGAUAGUUCAAUUUUAAGCGUUGUGCUUUCGAAUACGUCCGUGAUGGUUUUCCUAUUCGCAUCAUCAGCACGACAUACUUUGCAACAAACGAAAAAACGACAUCCGUUGGCUGUUCUAUCGCACACCAACUCGUUCCGAUUGCCAUUGAAGAAAUCGGUGGGCGUUCAGCGCAGUGAAAUCAUCCGCAGGCGAAAGUACAACGUCGGAAAGCACAUCACCGAUCAAGACGAUGCCACAAAUUUCAACGCCCUGUGUAGGGGCGAAACGCUUCUGAACGACAAGAGAUUGGCGCAGCUGAAAUGCUGGUACGAUUCCCGUCGCCAGCCUUAUUUUCUUCUUAUGUCUAUCAAAAUCCAACAGAAUUCAAUGGAGCCAGCCAUGUACACUUUUCCCGAUGUCCUGAGUGAUGAUGAAAUCGAAACGAUCAAAGAAUUGGCCAAACCAUUGGUAACUAGAGGCUCGAUCGAUGGUGCAAGGAAGAACUGGGGCCGGACAUUUUCGAACGUCCGAACUUCGAAAACGGCCUGGUUUGCUGAAGGACUACAUCCACUGUUAAACCGUUUAUCUCGUCGAAUUUCGCUUAUUACUGGCUUGAAAACAAAUCCCAUUCACGACGAAGCUGAGCUACUUCAAGUUGCUAAUUACGGGAUCGGUGGUCAUUACGCACCUCAUCACGACUACAUAAUGAAAGGCAAAGCGGAUUUCGAGGCAACUAUGAAUUUUUUUCUUGUUAUUCUAACUAGUGAUGCGCCAGUAGAAUUUCCCUUCAUCUUAAUUAUGAGGGAUCCUUGUUCCUCCUUGUUUCCAGUAGUGGACGCGUUUUUGCAACGAUGUAGGCAACCAGAACAAGAAGCAUUUUCAGUCAAUGAUCGCGUUUUCAUUCCCAUCGGUACCAUAUUUGUUGGCGGUCACCUUGAGACGAUCUCUUUAAUUGUGGCAGUGGUAACAGAUUCCACGAUGGCUUGGAAAAUGUCUUUUUAG